AUGGAGACGACGAGGCGCGGGAGGCGGCUCCUCCUGUCGCUCUCCUUCCUCUGCCUUGCCGUGCUGCUCGCGACGGCGUCAUCGCCAGCGACGGCGGGGAGGAAGCGGCGGAUGUCCGGGUUCGACUACUACGUGCUGGCGCUGCAGUGGCCGGGCAGCGUCUGCCGGCAAACCAACCACUGCUGCAGCUCCAACGGCUGCUGCCGAUCAAGCCCUCUGAACUGGUUCACAAUCCAUGGGCUGUGGCCACAGUACAGCUACGGUGGGUGGCCUUCAUGCUGCAGACAAACCACUCCAUUUAACAUGAACAAGAUCGCGAUGUUGAGGCCGAUACUGGAGAGGUACUGGCCGUCCCUGUACUGCGGCGAUUCGUCCACCUGCUUCGGCGGAAGGGGCCCGUUCUGGGUGCAUGAGUGGGAGACUCAUGGAACGUGUGCUUACCCUGAAAUACAGGACGAGUACGACUACUUCUCCACCGCACUCUACCUCUACAGCAAAUACAAUGUCACCAAAGCCCUGAGGAAAGCGCACAUCUACCCACGGAAUGGCAGGAAAUACGAGGUAGGGCACAUCGUGGCCGCCAUCGACCACGCCUUCGGGAGGCUGCCGCAUAUCGUCUGCAAGAACGGCUCCGUCCAGGAGCUCAGGCUUUGCUUCCACAAGGACUACCAGCCCCGGGAUUGCGGGUCGGAGACUGACGACGCGUGGUCGAGCAGCAGGAGGAGCCAUUGCCCUCGCUACGUCACCCUCCCGUCCUACAAACAGUCUGUGAUGGCGAACGCCACAGAGGGAGGACUGAGGAACCGAGCGAACAAAGAGCCGCGUGCGUACGGUCAGAGCUAGCUGUCACAACUGAAGCAUCACCUGUUGACUGUUGUCGACAACAACUGAACAGCUUCGGUGCGACAUGUAAACUAGCUAGUGGGCCGUGGGCCAA